CCAAAACUCAAGCUCUGGUGCAUAUCGCCGAACUGCAUGUCGACAUCAAGAAACGCCUCGCAUCAUGGCGCCGACCAACGGUGCUCCUUCCUCAGGCCCAUACGCUCAGCAGCAGCAUCUCCCGCACACUCGAUCGUAGCACUCGGGUUUUCACACACAACAAUGGCUAAAUGGCACGAUGGCACGUCCAACGACGCCCUGUGUCACCUCCACGGAUGGACAAGCCCUGCCCGGGCCGGAGAAUCGACCCGAGCGCGUACGCGCGUGUGGCCUCCAUCCCUUCUCUCGCUGUUGUCUCUGGCGCUGCUGUGCGGCCAGCCGGCAGCGCGAGGGGACGCGAUCUAGCAGUAGUCCCCAGCGGCGAUCUCGGUGAUACAUCUCACCGCUGGCGCUUAGACAUUAGUUAGUCAUUUCGGUUCGAGCGAUACACCACGCCAAUGUAGUGGCCGCUGCCUACAGUCCUGUGCUUGUGACGCGUACCAGCGCCAUCCCCGACCGAGAAUGUUUGCCACCGUUUGGAGCCCGGGGAAGCUUGUGUUUGUUGCGUUCCUGCUAGCGGCCAGUGCCAUCAGUGCCGAUGUGUAUCCCGCUCACAAACCACAUGUCAGACAGCCUCGAGGAUUGGGGUUCUUUCACAAGAUAACGCACCUCGGUUCGUUGCUGUAUCAGCAGUACAAUGACACCACCUACACGCUGAAGAACGUCUACGAUCUGCUUAGCAAUGAGUUCACGGACACCUUCACCACGACAACACCGGACCCUCGCACAACGUCAACUACACCGGAUCCAUCCACUAGUACAACACCGAAGUAUCGAAUCUCACGGGCUGAGUUAGGACGCAUCCUGAACCGUAACUACCGCGGUCUACAGAAACUGUUUCGACUCGAAUGGAACGAUGCGUGGAAUCAAACCAAGUACAACAUCGAUGACUACAAGCGAGAGCUAAAGAACUCGGCAUUUCCACCAAGCAACAAGACGGCCGGUCCGAUCAAUGUCAACCUAACGGUGGAGGUUAAUGCGGACAUCAUCAAACCUUAAGCUUCGCGUACCGAUUCCUUUAAGUUCGCAAUUCCUCACUGUGAUAUGAUGCUAAACUCGUCCCUAUUCGGAAUGCACUAAUCGACCUGCACUGCAUGGCUGGCCCAACAGCUAGAACGUAGACAAAACUGCGUCGAGCUACUUCAACUCAUUACUACCAUUUUCAACGUUUAACGUAAGGAUAGGCUUAGCUGUACACCUGAUCUGAGUAUGAUAGUAGAUACUUUAAACCACACAUUUCGAGGGACUCGCAGCCGCUUAGUGUAGUACAGGUUGAUGUGUGUGUAUAUAUAGCUCGUAACGUACGGUACGUAGGCACCCACGGGUAUAAAAGGAGGGUUUCUUUGUAGCGGUUUAUGUGCCCCUAUUCUAGCUGGUGUUGUAAUUAGUUGUUAUAGAUCGUAAUCUGAGUGUAGGGUAGACGUACGGUUGCUGCUGACAGAUAAGAGACAAGCGCGCCGGUGGCGCAAAAAAUGGUUAACCCCCGCUAGGCUCGUGAGCAAUCCGUUCCAGCCGGGUGGACCCAUCGAAUGAUCCUAUCGCAAUAAAAUGGCUGACGAAGCUUUUCGACCAUAGGUA